AUGCGCUUUACUGCUCUCAUCGCAGCCACCAUGGCUCUGGCAGGCUUUGCCGCAGCACAAUCACAGUGCCAUGCAGGCGGCACCGCCAAUUGCAAGCCAGGCUACGACUACUGCGCCAAGACACAGAGUAACCGGGGCGACGCCGACUCCGCCAUCCGAGAUGCGUUACGCGCUGCGGGCUAUAGUAAUGGGAAAGUCAAUACCGUAGGCGCGUGGAACGACAUUAUCUACCAUGCAACGAUGACUACACGCUAA